CGGUGCCCGCGCAGCGGCCGGGGGCAGCGGGCGGGAGGAGGCGUCGGGGCAGCGCUUAGCGGCGGGGUCCGGCAGUGCGGCGGGGAGAGUGGUGGAUCAGCCCCGUGGGGUCAGGCGGGCGCUGGGAGCGGGACCGGCAGGAGCGGGACUGCCAUGGCGGGCGGCCCGCGGUGGUGGCGGCGGCGGGGCGAGGGGCUGCUCCGCGCCGGGCUGGCCGCGCUCCUCUGCGCCCUCCAUGUGCAGGCUGCUUGUCAGGACGCCACUGUCAUGCAGGAGCUUCUGAAAGAGGGGUUUCACAGGGACCUGCUGGUCAGGGCAGAACUUGGAGUGGGGGAGGAUGCAGGAAGAUGCACAGUGGCAGCUAGAACUCAUCUUCCACCAGGAAUCUACGUGGAUCCCUAUGAGCUGAUGUCGCUGCAGCAGCAGAAUUUAACAAAGGCAGUGUUAACUCCUGAUGUCAUUGAUGUGGAGGCUCCUGAGUACUUAGCCACAGAUCUUCUUGUUCUCCUGUACAUGGAGCCCGACCCUCGGUGUUCUCGCUGUUUUAGAGCUACCUUGCCUGUGCAUGGGCGGUAUCACCGGCCGGCGGAAGAGAGCGAGGAAGCGUUGGUUGUUCUGAAGAGCCCAGAAGUACUGAUCUGCUGCUGUGACAGUCACCUGUUGGCAGAGUGUUGGAAGCCUGCUGAAGUGGAAGCUCCCUGUCCAGGCAAAACUGGUGGCCCCUGUCAGUGGUACAGCAUAACGCACAAACCUGUGUAUGAGGAAACGACUCUGCAGGUUCCAGUGGGGUUCAGGCAACACAGUUCCUUAGUGAGCGUCGUGACUCUUCUUGCCACGGUGCUCUGCUCCAGUCUGAUUCUUGCAGCGGUAUGCAGAUACGGACACUUAUCCCUGGCGGCCGCCUCAGAAUAAAGAUACAGAAUGACUGACCUCUGUCCAGCAGAACUCACUGAAUAUUAUAUCAGCUUCCUAAAUUAAUCCUACUCUACUGUUUCUGACAUCUUGCUAAUACGUGAGGGUCCAAUAAUGGGUUAUAGUUUCCUUGGCCUAAUUCUUACAAACACCUUUCACACAUGGAAGACUGUUUUGGUGCGUUGUCAAUAGACAAAGCAGAUGGAGGGCAGGAAUAGUGCUGCAGAAAGCUGGAAGGACUGCCACAGUCUCAGUUCUGAUUCCCUCCCCCUGGCCUAGAGCCUGCUUCGACUACAGUGCUGCCUCUUGCAGAGGUGUUUGUAUUUCUUGAAUUUAAACCAACUGGCUCAGGGAUUGGUUAUUAAGGGUAUGAAAAGCAUUAUCUGUCAUUAAAGUUUCUGAAUUUUAAGCUUGUUUACACUGUC